CGGUACAAUUGUUUCGUAUUUGAUGUACGAGGUUCCCAAAUAGGUAAUCCAUAUUUCGGGGCAGUGAAAUGUCCCACCUCCACAUCGGAUGCUCCGCAAAACGGAUACAACAACCAUAGCAAUAACUAGUACUCCCAUAACAGACCAAUAGUUAACUAAAAUUGUAAAACAUCUAUCAAUUUACAUUUACACUCAUCUCCAAAACCAGAAGCUUCGAAUAGAGACACAAUCAUCUAGAUAAUUCAAGUCAAACCAAACCAAAAUGACUGCACCAAACAACCUCCCACCCCUAAAACGCUUCAUCACAACGCACGACGAAGCCGGCAAAGCCAUAUUCUCGUCCGCCAUCCCCUCGGAAAACAACUUCAAGCCCAUCCCCAACGCCCUCUUCGGCCUGGCCUACACCACCCAAGGCUUCCCCGUUGACCUCAACAACGACAAAGACAUCGAGGCCUACGCCCCCAAACUAGACGCAGCGCCCGGCCUCGUCGUCUCCGACGGCACGGUCCUCCGCUUCGUCGACAUCGCGCCUGGGCACCUGUCCCCCAUGCACAGGACCGUGUCGCUGGACUACGGCGUCGUGAUCGAGGGGGAGAUCGAGUUGGUUCUCGACAGUGGGGAGACGAGGCAGAUGAGUAGGGGGGACGUGGCGAUUCAGAGGGGCACGAUGCAUGCUUGGAGGAAUAAGAGCGCGACCGAGUGGGCGAGGAUGAUGUAUGUGCUUCAGCCGUGCAAGCCGGUCGUCGUUGGGGAGACGGAGCUGAAGGAGGAUUAUGGGACUAUGGAGGGCGUGCCGAAAUCUACGUAG